CUAUUUAUUAGAAUAUUUUCGACAGAAUAAAGUGUACUCAGAGAAGCAGCUGUUACAUUCUAUUCAAACAAAAAUGCCAAGGUGUUUGGUAAGAGGCUGCAGAAACAGUCACAUAAAAAGUGCGGAUGAUUUCUCGUUCCAUAGGUUUCCCAAACAACACGAUAGAAUAAAAGAAUGGCUCUUAGCAACUGGUGACCGCUUUCAGAAUAUAGAUAUUGUCAUUCGGCAUAUUAUGCAUCAAAAAAAAGCCAGUUAUUUACGGAUAUGCUCAGACCAUUUUGCUCCUGAAAUGUUUUCGUUAACACCCAAAAGGAAAACUCUAAAUUCUGAUGCUGUGCCAACCAUUUUUCCAAGACCAAGUGUUUUAGCCUUUGUACACGAAUUUUCUUCACAAGAAAGCAUUUCCGAUAUCGAAAUGGAUUACUCUACUUGUGUGUCAGAUGUUUCAUCCAUCCAAAGUGAUCCCCCUGAUGAGAAUGCUACAGUUGUGUAUGAUCAUAGUUAUGUUCCUAGUUGCUGCUACACGUUACCGUUGCCAAAAAAAAAAUGUAACAGAGAAACAAAUACUUAUAGUGAUAAUUGUGAUAAAUGCGUUUCAACCUCUCAAUACUGUGGACGGAGGAAUGCUUCCACUCAAACAAAAGGUCUUCUUUGGAAAAGAGAUGCUUCAACCGUAACGUUUGAUUUAAUAAAGAAACGUGAUAUCUGGACAUGGACAGGUAUCCCUGAAGAACCUGCGGAAACGGUUGAUAGGGAUACCAGCACAAGAGUGUCUAAAAAGAAAAGAUCUAGAGGACACGGUUUGAAUAACUCUGCAGAAACCAUGUCGGAGGAAAUGGAUGUAGCUGCUUCUCCAUCCGUUAUAGAACCACCAACAUCUGGUGAAAAUCUUUUCACUCAAGUUUCGCAAAUACCUCCUGUACGCCGAGAAUCUGACACAGAAUCCACUCUAAGUGCCACUGAAUUAAAUGACCCAGAUUUCAGUCCCGAAGUACAAGCUAUAGACCUCGGUGAACUUUCAUUUGUAGCUGAGCCAACACCUGAAGAUAACGUGUUGGAAAAAAAAUUCAUUGUUUUUGAGCGUUGUCUGGAUGAAUUAUUACAAGCCUUUCAAACUUGUGCAUUGGUUACGUGUCCUGCUCCAAUUAUUCACAGAGAGAAAGUUGUAACUGGCACUUUGUUGACUGUAUACACCAUUUGUGAAUGUAAUCAUCGAUGUGAGUUCUGGAAAAGUCAGCCAAUGAUUGGCAGUCAGGCAUGUGGCAAUAUAUUGGCAAGUGCCUCAGUGUUGUUUAGUGGUUUGCAUUUUGCCAAAGUUAACGAGUUCUUUAGCAUUUUCGGUGUUCCUUUCAUUUCUCAAGCUUUGCAUUAUUAUUAUCAAAAAAAAUAUUUGUUUCCAACUGUAAAUUUGCACUACGUAAGAGAGAGAAAUUUCCUUAUUGAUAGCCUAAAGGGCAAGGCAUUAUGUCUGUCUGGGGAUGGGCAAUGUGACAACUUGGGUCGUAAUGCUAAGUUCUGCACUUACUCACUUUUGGAAGAAAGUACACAAAAAAUAAUUGAAUGCAACAUUGUGCAAGUAAGUGAAACAACAUCCACAGCUGCAGUAGAAUCAAAGGCAUUCACCCAGUGCAUGGAUCAGGUUCUGGCAGAGGGAUUGACCAUUGCCACCCUGGUUACCAAUAGGCACGUUCGUAUUAGGAAAAUAAUGAAAGAAAAAUACAAAAAAAUCAACCAUCAGUUUGAUGUAUGGCACUACUGUAAGAACCUUCACAGAAAACUUGCAAGUCUAACUAAACAAAGCAUCUACCAUGAGAUUGCUCCAUGGCAAAAAUCUAUAAUUAACCACAUGUGGGCAGCAUGUGCUUCUUGCAGAGGAAACCCAGAAUUGCUUCGAGAAAAGUGGAAUUCUGUUUUGCACCAUAUUAUAAAUGAACAUGAAUGGAACUCUGGAGCGCUAUGCCACAGAUGUGAACACGCUGAACUUUUUGAGUCUGACGAUAAAAAACGAAAAUGGAUACAAAAAACAGGAUUGGUAUACUCAAAGUUGGAUAGGUUUGUCAAUGAUACAAGACUUCAAAAAGAUUUGCCACACAUGGCAGACUUCUGUGACAUGGGAACACUUGAAGAUUUCCACAGCCUCUUAUCAAAGUAUCAUCCCAAAAAUGUACGUUUCACAGUGGAAGGGAUGGCAGCUAGGACGAAACUGGCCGUAUUGGCCCACAAUGCCAAUGCUGACAGAAAGCCACCAAUUGUCCACAGAGCUCGUAAAAGCAACAGGCAAGUGUGUGAUUUACGCUACAGACCAUAUUUCUCAAGAAGUACAAAAACCUGGCACAACAAAAAAAAGCGAGACGUUCAAGCAAUAAAUCACAUUUACCCCAUGGUGGCAGAUGUGAUAAGAUUUGCUGCUGGUGAACUUGACUUGGAUUGGGUAUCUCAAAGACGUGGUCUGCCGCCAAACAUAGCAUAUACACCUUGGCUAUAACCCAAGGAACUGGAAAAAAAAAAAGUACAUUAAGUUUUCAGCCAAGAAGAUUGUAGAUUUUUAAGUGCCUGCUCAGGAAAUCAUACACAAUAGACUGGUUUGAAAGGAGACUUUGACCAUGUUUAAGAUUGUGACUGUAAACAUUGCUAUGUAUGUAUAGAGGACACAUAAUGGCGCAGUAUGUUAUAUGGGGAAAAAAACGAUAAUUAAAGUUGCAGACGAUAACAUCGUAAAGCAUAAAGGAGACAUUUUAUUGUCUCAGGAAACCAUAAAUGUCCUUAUUUUCCCUCCGUUCAUACUGAACCGCUGCAUAUCCUUUAUUUUAAAUGUUUAUUGUGAAGUGUACUCUUUAGUGCUUUUUCACUAAAGUGUGUUUGGGUUUUGUUUUUGUGUUUUGUGUUUGCUUUUGAAAAUCAUAAUGAAUCCGAAAGGUUUUUAAAUUUCAGGGCCAGAUAGUCAGAAAGAAAUUGCAUGACUUAUCUGAUUCUACUAAUUAUUAAUCUGAUCAGCCUAAACAUUGAAAUUCACUUUGACUGCAAUCUCCAUUUCUUAGAUUCAUUACACAGUGUAUGUGCGCCUAAUGCUUCCUGCAAGAGUUCAUUUAAUCUCUGAGCAGCACUAGAGAUUCCAUGUCCCGAUCUGCCUGAGAUUAGAUGUAUUACACUCCAUCAUGGGCUGGUUUUAAUCUCCUGACGAUGAUUCAGCUUGUAAAGCCUCCGAUUUAUAAAGGAGACUCCUGCAAAUAGUAAAUGCUCUCUGUGAGUGCAUGUAUUACCAACCCUUGGUCAAACUGUAAAUUGGAUGACAUGAUGCAUUCCAAAGAUUAGCCAUCCAGAACUUCAGCAUGGCAUUUAAAAUGUACAUUACGGGGAAUAAUACAAUGAUGAUGGGCAGCAGUGAUAGGCUGAGUGCUCUCAACUUCGUUCCACCCAUCACUGGUAUGACUAAUGUAUGGUGUGAUUGUGUAUCAGCUGUACUUACAGUGGGAAUCACAGCCACGGAUGUGAAGGGACUCUCAUUCAAUGUCAAAUCAAUCAAGUUUGGUUUAAUACUGAACAGUGACAUGGUGUCAGGGAAUUAAGGUACCAUAACCAUUUCAGUGAGAUGAAGUUGUUAUAGUGCUUAGAGUGUUCCUUUAAAAAUUGUUAUAAAAAUAAAGUAAACU